AUGUCGGACGAUGAAGGUCGCCUGCUCAUCGACGACAUACAAGAUGGAUCCGGAUCUAUCGACCACGAACUCCCUGCAAGCACACUUGUUGACAUGAAAUCUGCUCAAGGUGAUGCCGAGAACACAUCUAUAAAUAAACUGUCGACACCUCUCACCGUACCAGUGUUUGGACAACCGCAAGUCACAUCUAGUGGGGAGGUGCACUUCCAUAGCGGCACACCAUCCAAUGUUCAGCGGCACGAACCUUCACCGUUUGCUUUUACCAAUAACCUCGCAAAGAUGCAUUGCGAGCAGGAAACAUCUUCAACGAACAACACGUCUUCACCCAAACACAGGAAAAAGCUCCAACAAGAAACGAGCUCGACCGUAUUCGCUCUUCGAAGUGAUAAUAAUCACACUUUAGCAACCACUCCUCGCAGUUCAUUGUCCUCGCACGACUGCAAUAGCCUUCAAGGAGACGGCUCAGUUAACGGGAAGCGUCAAAAGAGGUACAAAACAAACGGAAUGUCGAAAGCGCGGAAUGAUACUCAGUCAUCACGAAAGAGGAAGGACAGUUCUUUCGAUGAGCCUAAUCGCCCCGACUCGCCAGUAGAACACGAAGAAACAACGUCGAAGAAGCAUAAGCCGUUGCAACGUGAUCGCGGAACGUGCGUUCAUUCUAAAGCGGUGCAAAGCGAAACGGAUUGUCCGUUAUUUGAUUUGGAAGUCGGGGCUACACGACUCGUUGAAAUGACUGUCGUGUGCAAGAUGGAAAAUAACGAGUUGUAUGUUGUUGCAAAGUGGAAGGACCAGGAGUUCAGUGGCAUCCUAACGGAUGGUCAUCCACCCGCAUAUCUGCCUUACAUGAAGAAAAGAUCAACAACAGUGGCCAGUAGUGGAUCGAAUAGUUCCAACGGCAGUGCUUGUGGCGAUUCGAAUGAUCGAGCCACGGGCAGUGGAGCUAGUACUCCUUCCAAAUCUCGCCAACAACCAACAACACCUCGUGAUUCAAAGAAGAGAAUUCCGUCUUCUGAAAUGAAGCGGAAGUUGUCCUGUUCAAUAACUCGACCCGGCAGCUCACUGGACCCACCCGAUGAUGAGGAAGAUCUUGAUGUGGAAACUUCAACCAAUGGAUCAGUUUUGAAUUUGGAUUCCUUCAAACUUGUUGAAGUUCCUGGACGGAAAUCCAUGCACGUUUGUCCUGUGGAUGGAUGCCAACAUAGAUAUUCUCGCAGUGAAGAAAUGGAAUACCACAAAGCUACGGUGCAUGCCAAAAAAGCGGUGAUGUUCGAAGCCAUAUGUUGCCAGACUGAUAUUUCUGCGUUCCGUAGACGUUCUGUUGAGACAGACGUUGAGGGGCUCGCUCGAAGUGAAUCACCCUGUCCAUCGACAACUCUAGGAGAAGUAACCGUAAAGCACGAAAACUCUGCUUCCACAUCAAUGGAGUCUCAAGGGAAGCUGGAGGAGUCUUCUAAAUCUCCUGCAGGAUACUCUGACAUCUCUGAUGAUGGUGUAGCUCCUCAGCUACAGAAGGAGGAACCCACCACUGAUGUUCGAACACCCCUUUUGAUUUCAACGGGUAUACCUAGCAGUUCAGUGACGGAACCAGCUAAUGUUCUCACAUCACCGGAAUUCGCUCCUAGUCCUCGAGAAGCAGCAGCAGAAUCUUUACCUCCCACACCACAACAACCAAAGGUGUCUCGCCCAUCUUCAAUGCCGAUGGAUCCUGCAACUCCGACAUCGCUUCCAUCCUCAUUUCAACCUGUUUCUGCUGACCGCAACCGAGGUGCGGCUAUGAAUGGUGUGGCAGUGAAUCCUAUAGUGAAUGCGGCUGUGACGCCAACGCCAGUUUCUGCAAUUGCAGCAACACGCUUGCCGGUGACUCCAUCUCCUGGAGGAAUGUAUAUGCCAUCAUUUGCCCAUCAGAUGAUGCCUCCAUAUGCACCACAGUUGGCAGCUACUACACCUACUGCCAAUGCUGCGGCUUCACCACAACAGCAGCAACAGCAACUGAACAAGAUCCCUCAGCAGCAUCUGAAAGCAUCUGAUGAUGUCGCAGCAUCAAGCGGGGUAUUGUCUGCCGCAAAAGCAAUGCAGUCGCCUGCAGCACAGAAUCUUCAACGGCAAUUCGGCAUGCAAAUGAUGCCUUCUGGUACAGGCCAACACCAAGCUGCUAUGAUGCAAGCAGCUGCUGCCCAAGCUCAGAUGGCUCAAAUGCAUCAUCUCUACAUGCAACAGAUGGCUGCAGGUGCAAGAGGAGCACAAUAUCCGGUAUAA